UCGUCUAUCGCUCGUCCCGUCUCGGCAGUGUUUGUCCGCUUCGGGAGGGGACUGUACCGCCGCCGAAUUCGGAAAAAAACACGGCCGUUCCCAGGGCGCAACCAUGCAGAUGAUCGCCGUCGAGCAGUUCAUAGAGGCCGUGAAGAGGAGGCCCGCCUUGUGGGACUCGCACUCGGAGGACUACAAGGAUCGCGUUAUGAAGAAGGACGGGUGGCUGGAGGUGUGCCAGAUUAUGUGCCCGAAGUUCGCCGACAAGACGGAACAGGAGCGGGCCCAGAUAGGAAGGGACAUACAAUUAAAAUGGAAGAACCUCAGGGACGCCUACGUGAGACACAUCCGCAUGAAGAUGGACAGGUCAAAGAAAUCCAAGCCCAUAAGGUCCUACAUCUACUACAACCAAAUGUCAUUUCUGAGGAGGGUCAUCAAUCCCAGAGCGAGAUCAGGAGAAUCAAGGUUCGGGUCCACCUCGAAAACCAACGUAAAGGUAGAAGAAGACGAAGAAGAGGCUGAGCUAACUCAAGAGGACCUCCUCGAAAUGGUGGAACACGACGAAAAUUCGGAAAUAGCGACACCUGGUCUGGACGAGGAAGAAGAGCUCAUAACCAACGUGGAUCCUCUUCUCCCUGAAGUGGUUGAGAACGAGCUUCAGGACAACGAUGACAUGAACUUUUUCAAGUCGUUGCUACCCACUUUGCAGACGCUCAGAACGGAGCAGAAGCUGAAAUUCAGGAUAGACGUGAUGGAACUGCUGAUGACUUACCAUCAGGCGACGUCUGAGUGAAAGCGGCGCAACUAUAUAGGCUGUGCAUUGUGAUAGAGAACUUGAUGGCUUAUGCUCAAGUUACUAAAUACUUUUUCUAUGACUGUAACGGCAUUUAAGCUGUAAACCUUGAGUUUAGCGGCUGUGGAGGUUUCAGAUUAUUCACUGUUUUUAAUGUUAAAUAAACAUGCCCAAAAAUGCACAAAUUUUAGUAUCAACUGGAAUUAUCCAGGGAAAGAU